AAGUAACCUGUACUCAAUACUGAGGAUGACCACUGUAAGUAACCUGUACUCAAUACUGAGGAUGACUACUGUAAGUAACCUGUACUCAAUACUGAGGAUGACCACUGUAAGUAACCUGUACUCAGUAUUGAGGAUGACCACUGUAAGUAACCUGUACUCAAUACUGAGGAUGACCACUGAGGUAACUCUACCUGUACCUCUUCCUCCCAAGGAUUCAGCAAGAACAGAUGAUAGAAGAUUAUGGGUUGGUAAUCUUGACUCUCGGCUGAGAGAAGCAUGUAUGAAAGAAAUAAAGAAAAACCAGCUCCUCCUAUUCUUAGUGGCGGCAAAGCAGAUACUACUCCAAUAAG